AUGGCGCACGCGCGACGCCUGUCAGUGUUGUCGCUUGCCGUCGCAUGUGCGAUCCUUCUCUGCGUCGCCGUCACCCAGUCGCACGCUUCACCGACUAUCCCACAGAUAAAGGCGGAGCUGAAGAAAUGCCGCGCGGCCAUGGAGAAACUGUCCGACUACAAGGCGUACCUCCAAGGAAUCGACGAGAUGCUGAAGCGUUCUCCUGCGGACAUGAAGGGAUUAUUCAACACCACUCUCCUGAUUCCCACUAACAAGGGACUCUACGCGCUGGGACUCAGAACCCUCACCAACAUGACUGCCAUGACCGUCAUCGGCCAGUACAAUGUGUUGACUAAGCGCUACACUGCUGCACAGCUGGCAAAGCUUGCUUCCGGGGCCAAGAUUCCGAGCGUGCUGCCAGGCGUGCCAAUCCAGGUGUAUCCGAAGCUCCAAGGGAGUGUUACGCUGGGAAAAGUAGGAGCAGGACCGAAAGCGCGGGCAACAAUAGUCACACCAGACCUUUGCAACGGAGUGUUUUUGAAGGGCCAUGGCAUGUCUCUUUAUCUCAAGCCCCCUGGACUCCACACGCCGCGGUUCGUCGGCAAACGCGUCGCGAGCUCAGGCCGCGCCGUCGCCGCGGCUGGCGCCGGCGGCUCGAGCGACAGAAAGAACGCUGACGUCAACAAGGUGGCGGUGCUCCGGGAGCUGCUGACGUCACCCGGGAUCAAAUGCGCGCCGGCAUGCCACGACGGACUGAGCGCGCGAUUAACGGAAGCUGCCGGUUUCAAGCUGGCGUUUAUGAGCGGCUUCGCUGUCUCGGCCACAAGAGCAGGUCUCCCCGACACGGGCUUGCUGUCAUACGGCGAGAUGGUGGAGGCUGGGAGACUCAUUGCGUCCGCUGCUCCGGGCAUCCCGGUGAUAGGCGAUGGCGACACGGGGUAUGGCAACGCUGUGAACGUGCGGCGCACCGUGCGCGGGUAUAGAGAGGCGGGCAUGGCUGGGAUCAUUAUUGAAGACCAGGCGUGGCCCAAGGCGUGUGGGCACACGGCAGGGCGCAGGGUGGUGGGGCGGGACGAGGCAGUGAUGCGCAUCCGAGCAGCAGCGGACGAGCGGGACGAGGGGCAGGGAGACAUUGUCAUCGUCGCACGGUCUGAUGCAUGUCAGGCUGUGUCAUUAGACGAGGCGCUGUGGCGGGCAGCAGCGUUCGCAGAUGCGGGCGCGGACAUGGUGUUCAUCGAUGCGCUGGGGUCGGAAGAGGACAUGCGUGCCUUCGUACGGGCUGUGCCAAACACUCCCAAGCUGAUCAACCAGUUGGAGGGCGGGGGUCGAACGCCCAUCCUCUCCCCACAGCAGCUGGAGGACAUGGGCUUUGCCAUUGCUGUCUACCCUCUCUCCCUCGUGGGCGUCUGCACUCGGGCCAUGCAGGAUGCCCUGUCAGCGCUAGCUUCAGCCGUGGCGGGCAUUGAUCUGGCAGGGCUGGUGGAGCGAGCAGCAGCGCAUCAGCAGUUGAUUCAUCCUUCCCCUUACCUUUUCUGCACCACGUUCCCCCUCCGUCCCAUUCCCCCUGCCGUGGCGGGCAUUGACCUGGCGGGGCUGGUGGAGCGAGCAGCAGCGCGGGCGAAGUCAGAGGGGGGAGGCGGGGGGGACGACGAGGUGGUGGUGGUGGAUUUCAAGGACAAGUCCACGGGCGACCGCGUUCGCAUCCUUCUCGAGUGA